GCUGCCAGGGCGCACGGACAAUGCCCACAAAUAGGUGAUGGCAAACUUUGCCCGCCCUUUGUAAAAUCUGGAAGGGCGCACCGUGUAUUCCUAUAUUUUUGGCCGGUGUUUGGUGAAUGUCGCCGGCUCCUGGCAGCAUGCGUGAGCGCCGUGUUUGCCCGAGCAAGAGGAGCCGGGUGCGCGGGUGACAGCGGACAGCCGGGCGGAGGGCGGAUCAUUCGGCUCGUCCCACAUGGCGAUUCCGAGCUGCUCCGGUCCUACCUCGCGGGCUGAGAGCGAGGAUGCAAAGCCUGUCGGCGGCAGAGGACGACAGCCCCACCCGUGAGAGCAGAGAAGAGCAGAGGCCCCUGAAGCAAUCUCUGAGCAGCUGCCUGUGCCGGGAGUCGCACUGGAAAUGCCUGGUGCUCACGCUGCUGAUGUACGGCUGUUUCGGCGUGGUGACCUGGUGCCACCUGUCCACCGUCACCCGGCUGGGCUUCGAGCAGCCGGGGUCCGGCGGCGCCUCGACCAUCUACCACGAGAGCCCCUGCUCCACCGGCUACGUCUACAUCCCGCUGGCCUUCCUGUCCAUGCUGUACAUGGUGUACCUGGUGGAGUGCUGGCAUUGCUACGCCCAGAACCAGACCCAGCAGCAGGUCGACGUCAACAGCGUGUACGAGCGGGUGCGCCGCCUGCGCCAGGCUAGCCCCUGCAUCUGGUGGCGGGCCGUCAGCUACCACUACGUGCGGCGGACCCGCCAGGUCACCCGCUACCGCAACGGCGACGCCUACACCACCACGCAGGUCUACCACGAGCGGGUGAACACGCGGCUGGCCGAGUCCGAGUUCGACUACGCCCGGCACGGCGUGCGCGACGUCUCCAAGCAGCUGCGCGGCCUGGCCGACCACCCGGCCACCCGGCUGCGCUUCACCAAGUGCUUCAGCUUUGCCAGCGCCGAGUCGGAGACCUCCUACCUGACGCAGCGGGCCCGCUUCUUCAGCGAGAACGAGGGCCUGGACGACUACAUGGAGGCGCGGGAGGGCAUGCACCUCCGCAACGUCGACUUCAAGGAGCAGAUGGUGUCGCUGGCUGACCCCAAGAGCCCGCCCUGGUACGUGUCCCGCUACAUCUUCUGGAGCGUCUCCUGCCUGGUGCUGUCGUGGCCGCUGCGGGUGCUGGCCGAGUACCGGACGGCGCACGUCCACUACCACGUGGAGAAGCUGUUCGGGCCGGAGGAGGGCCCGCGGGCGGCGGCGGCGGCGGCGGGCCCGGGCCCCCGCCUCAACACGGUCGACGUGACCGAGCUGGAGUGGCACAUCCGCUCCAACCAGCAGCUGGUUCCCAGCUACUCCGAGGCGCUGCUGAUGGAGGCGGCCGCCUUCUCCCCCUCCUCCUCCUCCUCCUCGCCCGCCGUGGCCGUCGCCGCCUACCUCCAGCCGUGCCGCCACUGCCGCCGGACGGUGAGCAGCAACUCCCUGCCCGCGGUGCGCCCGGCGCCCGCCCCCCGCCUGCCCUUCAGCCGCAGCCGCUUCUCCCUGGGCCGGCUGCAGGCCCCCGGCCGCGCCUGCCUGUUCCGCAGCCUGAGCGGGCGCCUCGGGGGCCUGGAGGGCGGCGAGGACACGGAGGAGGAGCCGCCGCCGCCCUCCUACCAGGACGCCAUCUUCUUCCCGCGCCUCAUCGUGCACGCGGGCGACGGCUGCAGCAGCCACCGGCCCCUGCAGCGGGACGCGCCGGGGCCCGACACGCUGCUCUGACCUUCAUGGGCGGGGCCUUCCGCCCUGACCCCUCCUCCUCACCCACAAUCCACAGCUGCACCUCAAUGGGUGUGGCCAAUGGAUCAAAGCCCCUCCCACUCCCUCUUCAACCAUGAAUCCCUCCCUACCCCAUGGGUUUGGCCUUUGGACACUCCCCACUCUCAUCUCCAUUUCCCCCUCACUACCUCCAGUGGACCAGAUCCCUUUCCCUGCCCUUCCCCUCCUCUCCCAUCUUCUCAGUCACUUCCCUCCCCCUCCCUCAUCCCUCCGAAUCAUUGCUCAUCCCCAAUCUUCAAUGGAGUGUGGCCUUUGGGACCCCGCAGCCCUCAGUUAUCCCCCUCCCUCCCCUUUCCCCACCUUCCAUGGUUCAGCAACUCCACUGAGGCCGGAAGAUCCAACGACGCCUCGGCUCCCCUCGCCCCUGGAUCCGGGACGUGCGAUGCCAGCAGCUCCCGUUCACCACCCUGCCAAUGGACACCGCCUCUCCCAGCACCUCCUUGGCUUGUCAAGGACACCAUUCACACAUCACCAUUCUGUGGAGACUGGGCUGGGAGCCACUGGAUUACUAAUCCUCGUUUGGAAGACGGAGGCUGCACCUUACGACUGAAGCAGACUGUAUUCCUGGUUGAAAUCUGGACCGUCACAGUCAGACGGAAGGGAUUUGAGGCACUCAGCUCUCCCUCCCACUGGCAGCUGGACACUUUGCGUUGAAAUGAAAGCCAGCAACAGACAGAAUUGGUGAGGAGAAGGGAAAGGACUUGAGAUUCAGCAUAAAAUGAGAUUUUCUCCCAUCUCGAAGCCAUGAUCCCUGAGGUCCCAGAGCAGAGGGCAAAGUGAAGCCCCCUUUCCUCCAUCACCACAUAGCUCCCAGGGCAGCUAGACAGAACUUCACCAGCUCUGACUCCGGGAGUGUGUGAUGGGACGGUGUAGAGGGAGAUUCACUCUGUGUCUGACCCCAGCAGUGUGUGAUGGGACGGUGUGGAGGGAGCUUCACUCUGUGUCUGACCCCAGGAGUGUGUGAUGGGAUAGUGUGGAGGGAGAUUCACUCUGUGUCUGACCCCGGGAGAGGGUGAUGGGACAGUGUGGAGGGAGCUUCACACAGUGUCUGACCCCGGGAGUGUGUGAUGGGACAGUGUGGAGGGAGAUUCACUCUGUGUCUGACCCAAGGAGUGUGUGAUGGGACAGUGUGGAGGGAGCUUCACUCUGUGUCUGACUCCAGGAGUGUGUGAUGGGACGGUGUGGAGGGAGCUUUACUCUGUGUCUGACCCCGGGAGUGUGUGAUGGGACAGUGCGGAGGGAGCUUCACUCUGUGUCUGACCCGGGAGUGUGUGAUGGGACAGUGUGGAGGGAGCUUCAGUCUGUGUCUGACCCCGGGAGUGUGUGAUGGGACGCUGUGGAGGGAGCUUGUUUGAAAGACACUUCAAAUGUCACUACUGUCCUCGGAAACCCUGAGUGUCCCUCUCCUUUAACGGACAGUGGCAGCCUUGCACUCAACGUGGACUCUGUAAAGUGGACAUUUGUCGGAAGGGAGAGUUUUUGGGGUCUCACUUGCCUUGCUUGUCUCACAACUGUGGGUCACAGUUACACUGAGCUCUGGGAGCCCCGGUCUUCCUCCACAGGGCACACGAACACUCUUGCUUAAAUCGCAUUUAAAUAAACCAUUGGUCUUUGGAAGAGCUGGCCAGGAGGCCUGGGGACUGGGCUGUUUUCUGGGGACUGGGCUGUUUUCUGCUGGAGCUGGUGCAGUUGGUUUCUGGCUGCUCGUGGGAAGGGAGGUCAUCGCAUUCUGACACCUCUCAUCUGGCCCCCACCGCAGUCUGGCACAGUGGUGCAGCAGGUAGUUCCGCUGCCUCAGAGCACCAGAGAUGCAGGUUCGAUCCUGACCUCUGGCGCUGAGAGUGAGUGAGUGCGAGGGAGGGAGGGCGUGAGCGAGUGUGUGAUUUGCGCCUUCACCCUGUGAACGUGUCGGCUUCUUGCUAGAUGCACCAGUUCCCUCCCACAUCCAAAUCGUGUGGGGUCAGUAAGUUAGUUGUCUCCACGCGCGUGUGUGUGUGUGUGUGGGGCGCUUGUUGGGGAGAGAGAUCAUAAUCAGGUUUAUUGUCAGUGACAUACAGAACUGUGCAAUAUUCUUUGGCACAUAUAUAUAGUCAGGGUGCCUGAGGCACAGAACUGUUUGUUAACGUGGAGCGGAGAGCGAGGUUGUAAAUCUGAUGGGAACAAAGGAUGUUGGGAGUGGUGAGGGUGGGGCACCGUGGGAGGGGUGUGGGACAGGUGGCAGAGAAGGAGUGUCAGGGGUGGGCACAGACACACCCAGCCCUGAGACACCAGGCAAGGCCAUUUGAUCCCAAACAAUUGGUUUAUUGAUCAUUACAGAAUGUCUCUCUGGUGCUUCCCGCUCCCUCCUCUCUCCCUUCCCCUUUUCCCAACCACGAUUCCCCUCUCCCUGCCCCCUUCCCACUCUCAGUCCACAACAGAGACCCAGAUCAGAAUCAGGUUUAUUAUCACUCACAUGUGUCAGGAAAUUUGUUCUUUGUUUGCAGCAGCAGUACAGUGUAAUGCAUAAAAUUACUAUAGCACUGUGCAGUACAUGGAAUUACUGAGUCUUAGGCACCCAGGCGACCCAAUGAAAAACAAGGCUCGUGCACAGAACAUUACUGUUUACAACAUACAUAUUGAUUAAAUAAUAAUAGACUCUUGUCAUAAAUGCAAAUACCCCUGUGUGCUGAUUAAUAAAGCACUCUUUCAUUA